AUGGGGCACAGCGGCGCACCGGCUCGUGGCGCCUCGCGUGGGCGAGGGACAACUGGCGUGGGCGCCCACCCGACGAUGCGUAAAAAGUCAAAGCUCGUGGUGACGUUCGAUCCAGAAAAGCGCAAGGAGUACUUGACGGGGUUUCACAAGCGCAAGCAAGAGCGUCGUCGAUUCGGUCUGGACAUGCAGGCGUACAAGGUCAAGAAGCUCCAACUGGAGGCAAAGAAGAAUCGACGCGCCGAGCACAAGGAGAAACUUGCGGCGCUGAAUUUACUGUCGGACGACGACAAGGCAAAGGAGGACGAGGAGACGGACGAGAGCGACGAGUCGGAAGCGUCCGAGACCGAGAAGACGGGUGCAAGUGUCUCUGGUGAGGCCAAGGCGGUCGUCAACGUCACGACGUUCAGUGACGACUUUACACAGGGCAAGUUUGGGGACGUGGUGACUGUCACGACGGCUGUGGGCGAUUUGCAGAGUGACAGCGACGACAAUGACAGUAGUGUGGAGGGAGAGGAAGAUGACGAGGCAGAAAAGGCCGACACGGAGAGACAGCGUGGGACUCGAGCGUUUGUUCGACCGCAGAAGAGGAAGGUCCACCCGGAGCAGCACUUGACGCUGUUCCAGCGAAUACAGCAGCAGCGCAAGGGCAAAGCGCUGCCGUCAAAGCGCUCCAAGCUGAAGGACGCACGUACUGCGCGAAAGGCCAUGAUGGGUAAGAAGGGCAACAGCAGUGGCAUUGUUGGUCCGACCAAGAAGCGGGGUGCGGAGGAUAACGACGGAGGAGGUACUGCUGUCGGGAAGCUAAGGAAGAAGCUCAAGAUGAAGCGCAGUCAGAGCAGUGGCCAUAAGCGUCAGAAGAAGCGGUAG